AUGUCGUCGUGUCAACCCUAUCGUGACUUCCGCAAAAAAGACAAAGCGCCGUCUCCCGGUGCAGGUGGCGGAGGAACUCUGGCGAGUCAGGGGGCCCCGACGAAGCGAGCUGUCGGUCGCGUGAAUCGCUUCGGCGUCACGUCAUUCACAUCGAUCCGGGACAGCGAAACGGCCAAGGACGACGCUUAUUCCUUCGAUGAAGAACCGAACUCGGGCACGCCAUCACCUGCCUCGACGGAACAAUCGGCAUCAGUUCCUCGACAAGCUAAGCCCAAGAAAUUCUUCAAAAGUCGUAACCGUAACAAUGACGCUGUGUUCGAUAGCUUGUUCUCGGCUCCGCAAGCGCAGGUUAAGUCCUCCCCUCUCGCCGGGAGCAAACCGGCUUCACCGGCCGUACCAAGCCCUUUAUCUUCGGCCAACAAAUCGAGCUCGUCGUCUCCGUCGCCCGUGUCAGACUCGCCCGGCUCUCCCGUGGUAGUGGCGAAGCCGCCGAUCGUAGCUCCAGCCGAGGUCCAGGAGACUCCGGUUCCGAAAAGCGAAAAACCUGAAAAUUCAGCAGACGACGAUCCUCCAUCGACUGUUAGCAGGAGAGCGCCGACGAAAUCCUACAGCCGUAAACGGGGCGCCGCUGCCCUCUCAACAUCUGAGAACAACGUUGAAAACGACGCGAAGGUGAAAGAAGCGCGGACAGAGACACCCUACAUCGAGUACGAGAACCCUUUGUUGAAGAAUCUCAAUGUCAACGAAAUCGCUGCUUCCACACCUGCGGCGCCGCCAGCGGCCGAGAUCAAGAAAGAAGAGAAACCCGGCGGUCGUAAGACGUUCUUCAAAAGCAAGAAAACCGAUCCGGCAGCUGCCAAAGCGAAUGCGGUAUCGAGGUAUAAAUUCUUCAACAACAGCGUCGCCGACGAGGAGGACCUCGGUGAGAAACCGCCAGCGGAGCCUUUUCUUAAAAAAGAAAAUCCUCACGUCGACGCAGCUGUUUUCGAUGAUGAGUUCGCGGCACCCGCUCCACCGGAGAUCAAGUCGUAUGCCAAAGUUCGGAAUGUGAAGAAAGCUUACGAGGUGCACGAAAUCGGCGAAGCCCAGGAGUUCAACGACGACGUUGAAUAUUUGCUGGAAAGCGUCACUCAGACCAACUCAUUGGUGUCGAGAUGUCUUUCAGUUUGUUCCCUUGCCAGCAAAUGCAUGUCGGCACAGUUUCGAGUUCAUCUCCGCGCUCACGGUGUCAUGACAAAGUUUUUCGGUACCGUCAAAGACGCCCCGAAACACCCGUCUCUGGCUUUGUGCGUGUCGGCUCUGUUCUUCGUCUUGUCUCAGGACAGACUCACCAUGGACUUGGAAGCCUCGACCCUCGCCAUUUUACUUCAACUCUUCGAAAUUAAUGACGACGCUGGCGAGGGCAACCACAAGGAGAAGGUUUUCCAACUCUGUGAACAGAUCCGCAGGAAGGGUUUCGCCAAGCAUCUGGACAUGAACCACAUCACUUCCAGCAGUCUCGCCCUCGAGACAUUGCUCAGUCUGACGUCUCGACGCGCCGGAGAAUGGUUCAAGGAGGAGCUCAGAAUCCAAGGAGGUUUGACGCAUCUGGCGAACCUUGUCUCGCAAGUGAUGAAUUCCCUAGACGUGCCUCAUUGGGGUGUGAUAUUCGAACCAUCCGGCCAACAGCUGGAAAAGCUAAAGAAGAUCGAUCGCGUUCUGCGGGUCCUCGAGAACGUUACUUUCGGAAACUCGGCCAACCAAGAGUACCUUAUAAAGUUCCGCAAUGGCGUCGUUAUGAACUUCUGCGCCGAUUUGAUGAAUCUUUGUUUUGAAAACAUCGAGUACCACAAAGUACUCAACGUGAGCGACGAAUCCGCGCCUGAGGGACAAUCGAUUACGGUGGCACUUCAGAGAGCUGAGGGACCCGGACCAGUCUUUCUUUCCGUUAUGCUUUCACUUCUGAAAGUCAUGCUCAACGUAACUCAUGAAAACGAUGAGUCCAGCGAUAAUUGGGGCUCCAGGGACCAGACGAUGCGGCAGCUACUAGAGUGUAUGCUUCACAUACCGUACAGUCUGGAUGCGGGUAUACGUUUCGAUGUACAACUUUUAGCGCUGGGUCUGACUAUAAACAUUAGUGAACAUUCCCCGAAACUGCGGGAAUGGUUGUUGAAGUCGAAAGUUCGAGUCUCUAGCGAGACCGAACUCACCACGAAGCACAAUGCGUUCUCUGCAUUGGUUGAUCUUUUCAAAGAGAAACAAGUGGCGGCAGCAGCUUCGGAAAACCAGACCAAUGAGAUUUUGGACAACCAGGAGGAGAAAGUCAAGCAGCAAGAAAUGAAACGUCUCGAAGAUCGCACGGCGAAAGAUGUGAACGAUAAAGAGAGAGAUGCCGCCGAUGAUUUGGAGGAGACUAUCCGCAAAGCCAUUCAAAAAGCCGGAAAACACAUGGAGCACAGCAUUGUUUCCGCAUACCUCGCUCUCAUGUUGGGUUGUGUGAUCCAGGGGAACGCCGAAAGAACAGCGGCCCUCAAAGAGCUCAAUGGUGGAAAUUUGCAGUCGUUCAUGCAAGCUCUGAAGAAGUUCCAUGAUUUUAUAGACCUCACUGGUGUGCUGGGGAACUCGGCACCGCAGAAUAUCGAGCGCAUUCUCAAGGUUCUCGAGACCAGUUAAGGAAUUCGACGCUCGCUCCACACCUUACAACUUGUACACAGUCCCACAACGAAAGGAUACAUGACGCGUCAUACGUUCUACUUUGAGAUAGUUUAAAGGGAUGUUUAUUUUCUGAAACAAAGAUAAGAGAUAGAGUGCCGUUCCGAGCCUCCUGAAGAUUGGGUCGAGGCUACGGAAUGACCGUGGUCAUCCAUCAGACCAGAACUUGGGGAGUUCAGUGGGAGAAAGUACCGUUUCUCACGUCACAUGAAAUGUUUUUCUUGUCGGAUUCAGGAGAAUCUGAUCUUUGUCGAUUGAAAGCUGCAGACGAUGGCCCAAAACAUUUGUAAAUAUCAGUGUAUGGAGAGUGUAGAGGGUCUCAGCGGGAAGCCAAUAGGAAAAUGUAUUGUACACAUAUUCGAUCGUUUGGUUCUGUUCAACCAGGCUUUGUGACAGGAUUUAUACGUUCAAUGACUAUUCUACUAACGGCUUUUGAAUGGUGUUUGGUUGAGGCUACGUCGUUCACGAUCGCUGUAGGCCGAGCAGAACGAAUGGAUUAAUGGGUGUUAUAGAAAAGUUGAAUCGGUUGCGUAAUCACGAGAAUGUUUCUCUCCGAACCCCUUCUUCUUGUACAUACGGCGAAGGUCGGUCCAUGCCGAUCCUCAGAAAAAGAGAUCUCUAACUUACUUCGG